AUGGAUAGCGUUCCUCUCGUGCGUUUUGCGGCGUCGCUGAGAAAACACAGCUCGCCAACGACUUCAGACAACAGUUUGGGCCACACCACUUUUGUGAUGUACACCGUACCGGCCGAUGCUUUCUUGAAGAUGACAGAAGUUAAGAUGCACGAGGAGCUGGCCGACGCAGGUGUGCUCACAGAGUUCGAUGAGAGCAUGGGAAAGGCAAUGUUCGUGUCGCACCAGUGGCUGAGCGAGGCACACCCUGAUCCAGACUUUCAGCAGCUGAAAGUCUUGCAAGAUGCCCUCAAGAACAUUGUUGCUGGAACCAGCAAAAUA